GAACCGUUAGUAGCGUUAGCUGCAUGCUCAUAAUGAAUUAGCUGGAAGAUAAGAUUGUAGUCGCAGCGCCGGUAAUUCUUUUGUUAGUUUGUUUUGUUUGUCAUGUGGAAACAAUGUCUUCUGUUGGGUAUUUGAGAGAGUUUGUGAACGAGCGACUGGCUGUAGCUGCUGAGGAGAUAUUCGGAGUUUUUGAGAAAACUGUCGUCGAGUACGAGGAAGAGAUUGAGCGUCUGCGCAGACUGUUGGAUAUCGCGUGGAAACCUGAAAUAAAGCUACACAGGAUAGAGCUCCCACAUGUCUGUAAGGGAGAGGAGGUUCUCACUGACCAACAGCUCUGUAUCCAGGAGAGUCUGGACCAAGAGGACCCAGAGCCUCCACAGAUUAAAGAGGAAGAGGAAGAGGAGGAACUCUGCACCAGUCAGGAGGGAGAGCAGCUUGAACUGAAGGAGGAGGCCGAUACCUUUAUGUUGACUCCAAUAUAUGAGGAAAGUGACCACAGUGAAGAUCAGACUCUGUAUUUGAAUCCUGAUACAACUCUGGAGGAAGAGUCUGUAAUCGACAUACCAGAAGCACACAGUGACCACCAGCUCCUCUCUCACAGCUCUCAUGUAGCUGAGAGCCAGGAUCAGACAGCAGACAAGCAUGGAGACUCAGAAUCGAGUAGAGAUGCAGAGGCCGAACCUAAAAAAAGACAUUACAAAAGCAGAAGUCACAGUGACAGCGUUAACAGCCUUAAUUUGUCAGAGCUUCACCGUAAAACUCAGGCAGACAAAAGGCCUUUCAAAUGUGACACAUGUGGGAAAGAUUUUAAGUCUGAGUCAAAACUGAGUAUACACUUGAGCAUCCACACGGGUGAGAAACCUUACCUUUGCAAGACCUGCGGGAAAAGAUUUGGUUACAUGUCCGUACUGAAAACUCACUUACUCAUCCACGCAGAUAAAAAGCCGUAUUUGUGCAAAGCCUGUGGGAAAGGUUUCAGAAUUAGCAGUGCCCUGAAACUCCACAUGAGAAUGCACACAGGUGAGAAGCCGUACCUUUGCAAGACAUGCGGGAAAAGCUUCUGCGCCAUGCAAGUGUUGAAAAGGCAUUUGACAAUCCACACAGGCGAGAAGCCGUAUACUUGCAAAACAUGUGGGAGAGCUUUCAGGCAGAGCAGUGACUUGAAAGGCCACAUGAGGAUCCACACAGGCGACAAACCGUACCUUUGCAAGACCUGUGGGAAAACAUUCUGUGACAUCUCAGCGUGGAAAAGGCACAUGAGAGCCCACACGGGCGAGAAACCGUACAUCUGCAAGACCUGCGGGAAGAGAUUUGGUUAUAUGUCAGUACUGAAAACUCAUACGAGAAUCCACACAGGUGAGAAGCCAUUUUCAUGCAUCACCUGUGAGAAAAAAUUCAGUCGGAGGCCAGACUUGAAAAAGCACAUGAGGAUCCACACAGGUGAGAAACCAUAUGUUUGCACAACAUGUGGGAAAGCUUUCAGACUUAGUGGUGACCUGACAGUUCACAUUAGAAGAGCCCACACUGGUGAGAAACCGUAUCUUUGCAAGAUCUGUGGAAAAAGAUUCUUUGAUGUGUCUUAUUUAGCAAAGCAUAUGAGAAUGCACAUAGACAAGACACGGAGGAAAACGUGUUUUAAAUUUCCUUCAGUAAUGGCUUCAAUACAAAGUAUGAGAGCGUUUGUGUGUGACAGACUCACCGCAGCUGCGCAGGAAAUAUUGGGAGCAUUUGAGAGGAGGAUAGAAAACUACGAGGUAGAAAUCGCUCGUCAGCGCAGACUUUUGGACGCCCUGUUGUCACCUGAGAUAAAGUUACACCGGACAGGGCUCCCGCCAGAUACUCCCCCGAUUAAAGAGGAACAUGUGGAAAUGUGCAUCAGUCAGAAACGACAGCAGCUUCCACAGCAACAAGAGACUGAAGCUUCUAAGUUGACUCCAGCAGGUGAGGGAAGUGUCCACAGUGACCAGUCUCAACCUUUGGACACUGACCAGACUGUGAGUGCAGCGAGUAAAGAUCCUCAAUCCAGCAACUCAGACAAAGACGUAUCACCUAAGUCUGAAAGGGAGAGUGCUGCAGUAUCAGCAUCAAGCACUGACCACCAACCUGCUUCUCAAAACUCGUGUGUUACAUCGGAGAGCCAAGAUCAGUUAACUUGUAACCAUGGAGGUACAACACCAGCUAGACUUCUAGAGUCAAUACCAAAUGAGAAAAGCAAUGACGAGGACGCGACAUCAGCCACAGUUACUGAGCAAACGUCUGAUAAGAAAAGCAACGAUGGGGACACAUCAGCUACAAGUACUGAGGAGGAAUCAAGUAAGAUGUGUGCUGAUGAGAACACAGUAUCGACCAAUAAUCCAGAGCAAACACAAAGUAAGAAACAGAACAAUGAGAACUUAACAUCAAGUGGAAAUAGUGACCCUACGCUAACUGAGAAACAAAAUCACGAGAACAUGACGUCAAUCAGAAUCACUGAGACAACACCAGCAAACAUUGGUGAUGGGAGCACAAAAUCAAACAGAGUUUCAGAGCCAACACCAAAUAAGAAACCACAUAGUGGAAAAACAACAUCAGCUGCAAGUACCGAGCCAACACCACAUGGGAAAGGUAACAGUGAGAACACAAUGCCAAAUGAGAAACCAAUACCUAAUAAGAAAAGCAAAGAUGGGAGACCAACCUCACCUGGAAGUGUUGAGCCAACACCAAAUAAAUGCAACAAUGAGACCCCAACAUCAGCUCCAGGCGCAGAGCUGACACCAAAUGAGAAAUGUAAUGAUGACGAACCAACAUCAAAAGUAAAUAGUGACCCAACACCAAAUAAGAUAAGCAAAGAUGGGAGACCAUCCUCACCUUUAAGUGCUGAGCCAACACCAAAUACAGAAUGUACCAAUGAGAAGACAAUAUCAACUACAAGUGCGGAAACAGCACCACAUAAGCAACGUAACAACAAGGACACAUCAAAUGCAGAUGCUGAGCCAACAUCAAAUAAGAAACGUAGCGAUGGCAAUAAAACAUCAACCAAAAGUACUGAGGUGAAGGAGAAUAAGAAACAUCACGGUGACGGCACGACGUCAACUGAAAGUACAGAACCAACACCAAAUGAAAACUGUAAUGAUGAUCAACCAACAUCAACAGAAAAUAAUGAGCCAACACCAAAUGAGAGAAACAGAGAUCGGGGACCAACCUCUCCUGGAAGCAUUCAGACAACAGCAAGUAAGAAAUCAGCCAAUGAGAAGACAGCGUCAGCUAAAACUGCUGAUCCAACAGCAAAUAGGAAACCCAGCGAUGGGAAAGCAACAUCGACUUCAAGUACGAAACCAGCAUCAACUAAGAAACACAGUGCUGGGAAAACAAGUUCUGCUGGGAGUAUCGAGCCAACGCCAAAUAAGAAUAGCACCAGUGAGAAGACAACAUCAGCUAAACAGAAACCCAACGAUGGGAAAAUAACAUCUACUACAAGCACUAAGCCAGCACCAAAUAAGAAACAAAUUGAUGAGCAUGCAACAUCAAGCAGAAGCAAUGUGUUGACACCAGAUAAAAAAGCUAAUAAUAAAGAUACAUCUGCUAGAAGCAAGGAGUCAACAUCACGUAAGAGUCAAAAUGACGAGAGCACAACAUCCCCUACAAGCACUGAACCAACACCAAAUAGGAAUUCUGACAGUGAGAAGACAGCAUCAUCUAAAAGCAAUAAGCGAAAACCAAAUAAGACAGUUAACGAUGAGAAAGUAACAUCAACCACAAGUACUAAGCCGACACCAAAUAAGAAACGUAAGGAGGGGAGCACAAAGUCAAAUGAAAGCACUGACCCAACACCAAGAAAGAGACGCAAGGAUGACAGGACAUCAUCAACCAGAAGUUCAGAGGAAACACAGCACGGGAAGCGUCACGAUGAGGGCACAUCAUCAAAUGAAACACCAAAUAAAAACCAUGGGAACAAAUCAGGCGGUAGCACCAAGGACGAUAAUAACCCUUACAAGUGUGACAGGUGCGGCAAAGUGAUGAGUAAUUUCAAAAACUACAAAUUUCAUAUGAAAUCCCACACAGUUGAGAAGACUUUCGAAUGUGACACUUGUGGUAAAAUGUUCAGAGAGAGUUGGGAUUUAAAUAAACAUCUAGUAAUUCACUCUGUUGAGAAGCCUUUCAAAUGCAAGGUCUGCGGAAACGGUUUCAACCGGCGUUAUAACCUCGACCUGCAUGUCCGCGUUCACACCGGGGAAAAGCCGUUCAAAUGCGACACCUGUGACAAAAGCUUCAGCUCGCUUGUGAAUAUGAAGAAGCACAUGAGAAUCCACACAGGCGAGAAGCCGUACAGCUGCGGCGAGUGCGGGAAGGAGUUUGCGGACUCCUCCUCGUUCAAAAAUCAUCAGCGGGUGCAUUCGGGGGAAAAGCCCUUUAAGUGCUCCCAGUGCAAGAGGAAAUUUGCCACCAGGACGACUUUGACGAGGCACAUCAUAACACACACGGGUGAAAAGCCAUACAAGUGUGAUGUGUGUGACAAGGUGUUUGGUCAUAGAACAGAACUGAAAGCACACAUGAGAUUACAUACUGGGGAGAAGCCCUACGAAUGCAGUGCGUGUGGAGAAAAGUUCUCCACAUGGAACAAACUCCACAAGCACAAGAAAGUACACAUGAGUGAUACAGAAAACUCCACUUUUAUUCAGUGUUAUUCAGUGAAAAUGUCUGCAGUUGAGAAUUUGAGGGAGUUAAUCAAAGAGCGACUGAAUGUUGCUGUGGAGGAGAUACUGGGAGUGUGUGAGAAGACUAUUGUUGUGUACGAGGAGAGGGUCGUGCGUCAGCGCAGACUGCUGGAUUUCCUCUUGAAGCCUCAGAUAAGGCUGCGCAGGACAGAGCUCCCAGUGCCAUUUGUCUGUAAGAAGGAGGAGAAGGAAGUUCUUGUUGACCAGCAGCCCUGUAACCACGAGGGGAACCCAGAGCCUCCACGGAUUAAAGAGGAACAAGAGGAAGUCUGCACCAGUCAGGAGGGAGAGCAACUUGUAGCGAAGCAGAGGAGUGCAGCAGAGGGUGAUCCCCUCGACAAAAUCCGUAUUGAAUGUGUGAGAUCUGAAUCUGACACAACUAAUUCUGCGGCAUCACAACCAAACAGCGACUUUGAGUAUCAAGACCAAGAUCGCAGGACACAAAACCAUGGAAACGCAACACCAACUGCACCAAAACCAAAGAAGAAUCGUAGUGCGGAGAACACAUCAAUUACAAAUCUUGAGCCCAAACCAAAGAACUCUGGGAGCACAUCAUCAACUACGAGUGCCAAACCAAAACCGAGGAAGAAGUCUGGGAACACAACAUCAGCUGCAAAUACUGUAAAACCAAAAAAGAAGUCUGGAAACACGGCAUCAAUUACAGAUUCUGUGAAACCAAAAGAAAAAUCUACAACAUUCACUGCAAAUACUGAGCCAAAACCAAAGGAUAAACACAUCGUUGAGAAAACAUCAUCUGCUACAGAUUCUAUAAAACCAAAAGAGAAAUCUAGGGAUGUAACAUCUACGACGAAUCCUGAGCCAAAACCAAAGAAAAACCACGCGAACACGUCAUCUAUAAGCACUGAGACAAAACCAAAGAAGUCCGAUAACACAACAUCAACUACAAAUGCUGCAGAACCUAAAGAGAAUUAUGGGAACCCAACUACAAAUACUACGCCAAAACCAAACAAGAAACGUAAUGCAGAGAAGACAUCUUCAACUACAAAUUCUGAGCCAAAACCAAACAAGAAAAAUAAGGAUGAAGAUCCAAGAUCAGUUACAAGUAUUGCUCCAAAGCCAGAGGAUAAAUGUAGCAAUGGCCAAACACAAACAUCACAAGAGAGACGCAAUGGGACCACAACAUCAGCUGGUACCAAUGACAACAAAUCUCACGCGUGUGUGGAAUGCGGAAACACCUUCUCCUUAUUGAAAAAUUUAAAAGUUCACAUGAGAAUCCACACUGGCGAAAGGCCUUUUAAAUGCAGCUACUGUGAGAGGACCUUCAUCCAGAAAUCUACCUUGAAGCGACACACGAAAACUCACACUGGAGAGAAGCCCUUCCAGUGCGACUCCUGUGGGAAGACGUUUGCCCAGAUGAGAGCGGUUACCAAACACAUGAGAACUCACACAGGUGAGAAGCCAUACGUUUGUCAAACCUGUGGGAAAAAAUUCAGCUGCGGUGCUAAUCUGAAGAAGCACAUGAGGGUUCACACCGGCGAGAAACCCUACAUAUGCAGCGAGUGCGGGAAGGACUUUGCAGAUUCCUCUGCGUUUAAAAAUCACACUCGCGUGCACACAGGGGAGAAACCUUAUAAAUGCCCUCGAUGCAAGAAAAGGUUCACGCUCAGCACAACUUUGACAAAGCACAUAAGAACCCACACAGGUGAAAAGCCAUACAAGUGUGACACUUGUGGAAACUGUUUUUCUCAAAGAACAGACUUGAAAAUACACAUCAGGAUCCAUACAGGGGAGAGACCGUACAAAUGCAGCGUCUGUGGAAAAGGCUUCGUAAACAGCACAAAGCGGAAUAAUCACAUGAUUGUUCACAGGGAUGUAGCAUCCAGCAGCAGCAUUUCUAAUAAGAUGUAACUGUGCCAACAUGAAAAAGUUUAUUUAAAGUUUGGAAAAAGUUUUCUCUGUGUGGUCUUGUUUCUAAGCAUGACCACAUCUGAACCACACAAGUCUGAUAAAGACACUCAAGCAAUGAC